UCCCUUCGAAGAUAUCCCAAAAAAUUGGAAUGAUACAGACAAGAUUAUCAUGGCUCUUGUAUAAAGAUGACACGCAUAAAUGAGGAGGAAGAUGCUGCAAUGCUGCAUCAUAUAGACUUGCAAGCGUUGCCGGAAGGAUGCAUUGCCAAUGUGAUCUCAUUGACCAGUCCUCCAGAUGCGUGCAGGCUAUCGGUGCUUUCUAGGGUUAUCAGAUUGGCAGCAGAAUCCGACGCCGUUUGGGACAAGUUCCUUCCGCCUGAGACCCAUGAGAUCCUAUCCCAUUCCGCCACUGCCUCCGCUGCCAAAUCCAAGAAAGAGCUCUACAUGGCUCUCAGCCACAGCCCCGUCCUCAUUGACGAUGGCACUAUGAGCUUUUCUCUGGAAAAAUGGACUGGAAAGAAAUGUUACAUGAUAGCUGCAAAGCGCCUUCGGAUUGCUUGGGGUGAUACUCCUCUCUAUUGGCAAUGGAUUACUCUGCCUAACACCAGGUUCGAGGAAGUGGCUGAGCUUCAGUGGGUUGGUUGGUUUGAAAUUCGUGGGAGAAUUGCUACACGUAAGCUUUCCCCAUCAACUCUAUAUAAAGCUUAUCUUGUGUACAAGUUCAAUGCACACUCUUAUGGAUUUGAUUACUCUCCUGUGGUGGUGGCGGUUUCUACAAGGCCUUAUGGCUUUGAUUAUGAAUGCCCUAGUUUGAGAGAAAUUGUUGAUGGAGGAGACCUUAAGCACACUGCCUUUCUGGCGCAUCCUGAAAGAGAAAUGGAUGAAGCUGAUGAUCUGCUGUUUCCAAAGGAAACGGCAGAUGGCUGGUUGGAGAUGAAGUUGGGUGAAUUUUUCUGUGAAGGAGGAAAAGAUGAAGAGUUGGAGAUGAUUUGUUGUGAGAUUGAUAUUAGCAGCAAGAGUGGCAUCAUUGUGCAAGGGAUUGAGAUCAGACCAUGCGAUAGGAACUAGAAUGAUCUACCAUCGAUAAACGGUUAAUUCUGAACACGAAGUGCCUGCACCUGCAAACUCACCCAGUACUAAUAAGAUCUGUAGCACCACCCUGCACCUACAAACUCACCCUGAUCCGACCGCCAUCAAUCACCACCUCGACCAGAACGUAUCCGGGACACAAACCAGAUCAACCAAACGCAUCCAUCAGUCAAACCACAACCACUCCGAUAGCCGCUGCUAUUGUCCAACGACAAUGUCGCAAGGACGCGCCACUAAACGAGCACAAGAAGAAGUCAAGGAAGUCUUAGGCACGUGUGGCGCAUUCUAGGGUUUUUUCUUUAAAAAAAUUUUGUGAUGCACUUCAAGGAAAUUUUUUGUUAGUGGGCAUUUGCUGCAGUAAA